AUGAAAGUCCUCUUCCUCGGCGCAUCAGGCUCCAUCGGCAGCGAAGCUCUCCGCCAAUGUCUCUCCCAUCCAAUAAUCACAUCCGUAAUCGCAUUCGUGCGCCGCCCUCUGCCCGUCAACAAUCCCAAGCUUCAAACCGUCAUGAUCAGCGACUUUUUAAAAUGGUCUGACGAUGUUCUCCUACCGCAUGUUGAUGCCGCUGCUAUGAUUUGUGCCAUGGGCUCGUAUAGAGGAAAUGUGAAUGUCGAUAUGGAAUAUCCCCUCGCGUUCCAAACUGCCUUUGCGACUCUUCUCGGGAAACAACCGAAACGAGAACCAUUUCGGUUUAUUCAUCUCAGUGGGAAGUGGGUUGUUCAAGAGCAAGAUGCGAAAUUAUGGGUUAAUGACUACCCUCGUAAACUUAAAGGCUUGUAUGAGCUUCGCUCGCUAGAGGUUGCAAAAGAGCAUGAGGCUAUUUGGAAGGCUUGGAUGUUGAGGCCCGGGGGCGUCAUUACACAGAGGUUGAGAGUGCCUGGGUAUUUGGCUCAGGUGCUUUUGGGUGAUGAUUAUGUUAUUAGGAAUGAAGAGUUGGACUACAUGAACAAAGAACAACAAAAUGCAAAGAAAUUCACGUGUCUAUAG